CCACAAAAGAAGAAUUCCAAAAACAGCUCCCACAUCCACCGCCCCUUCCAAUGCUUUAUUGUUUUUUAGAGAGAGAAAAUUCCCCCAAAACGAUGUGUGAGAGAAGAGAGAGGGACAGAUAGACUCCAUUGGCUUCUUCCUUUUUGCCAAUCUGUCUUCUCCUCUUCCUUCUUCUCCACCACCACAAACCCUAACCCUAUUUCCAGUUUCUCCCCCAAUUCAUCAUUUGCCAGAUUGACUGUAAUUACGCAGGCAUAUGCUCCUCCUCCUGGCUACUUCGUAUUGGAGAAUAACAUUACUCUAGAGGAUAUUUCUGUGACUAAAAGAGGCAGGAUGCGGAGGUGGCUCUGUUGUACUUGUCACGUGGAAGAGCCUUACCAGUCAAAUGAAAGCGAGCUCUUGAAAAGCCCCAGGAACCACACAGAUGGAAACCCAAAAGGCUCAAAGGUGUCAGCUCCUGUUAGAAGUGAAGUGCAAAAGACAGCACCCCCUAUUGAAGUACCUGAAUUGUCUCUGGAAGAACUAAAGGAAAAGACUGACAAUUUUGGAUCAAAGGCAUUGAUUGGGGAAGGAUCCUAUGGAAGAGUAUAUUACGCCAGCUUGAAUAAUGGAAAAGCUGUGGCUGUAAAAAAACUUGAUGUUUCAUCUGAGCCUGAGACCCCUGUCGAAUUUUUAACUCAGGUUUCCAUGGUUUCAAGAUUGAAGCACGAAAAUCUGGUUGAGUUGCUUGGUUAUUGUGUGGACGGAAACCUCCGUGUGUUGGCAUACGAGUUUGCAACCAUGGGAUCUCUGCACGACAUUUUGCAUGGCAGAAAGGGAGUCCAGGGGGCACAACCAGGUCCUGUGCUUGACUGGAUGCAACGGGUGAGAAUUGCUGUUGAUGCAGCUCGGGGAUUGGAGUAUCUCCAUGAAAAGGUUCAACCUUCCAUAAUACAUAGAGAUAUCAGAUCUAGCAAUGUGCUCCUAUUUGAAGACUUUAAAGCCAAGAUUGCAGAUUUUAAUCUUUCAAAUCAGGCUCCUGACAUGGCUGCUCGCCUUCAUUCUACUCGAGUCCUGGGGACCUUUGGCUAUCAUGCACCAGAGUAUGCAAUGACUGGACAAUUGACUCAGAAGAGUGAUGUGUAUAGUUUUGGAGUUGUUCUGUUAGAGCUUCUAACUGGGAGAAAACCUGUUGAUCAUACCAUGCCUCGUGGACAACAAAGUCUGGUCACCUGGGCUACUCCAAGACUGAGUGAAGACAAAGUUAAACAAUGUGUAGAUCCCAAACUAAAGGGAGAAUAUCCUCCGAAAGGAGUUGCUAAGCUGGCAGCUGUGGCAGCAUUAUGUGUUCAGUACGAAGCUGAGUUCCGGCCAAAUAUGAGCAUCGUUGUGAAGGCUCUCCAACCGCUUUUAAAGGCUGCUGCCCCAGCUCCUGAGGUUUAAGGGGGAAAAAAUAUAAUGGCAUCUCUCCUUGUGUUUGAAUUUCUGGGCAUCUUGCACAGUUUGGUUUGAUCUUCUUCAUCUUGCAGGCGAAUUUCUUCCGGUCAAUGGAUAUAUAUAUUUUUUUAUUUUUCGGAUUUGAGAAUGGAUGUGUAGGGAGUUGGAUUGUGGCCCAUUUCAUGUAGCGCUAAAUUCUGUCUCAUGCUGGUAAUUUCAACAUGGUGUGCUCUAAAAGUCUUUUGUUGAUUCACAUAUUUGACAAUGGGGAUUGGGUUGUGUGUUGUUGGAGAA